CUUAAAACGUUGCGUUUUAAAUCAAAACUAAGUCAAAGAAAAAACGAAAUACAGUCAUUGAAAUUAUUGUGGAAGCUUGUGUUGAAUAGAAGAAAAGAAGGAAUUUGAGGUUCUGUGUAAAAGUUAAUAAUUUUGCUGGGUAAAUUAAGAACAAACAGGAGUUGUGAGGAAAAUUUAGAGCGUGAAGUUGGGGGAAAAAGCAAGAAGCAAACGAGAAGAAAAAAGAAAACUGCGAAAUUUCCGCUUGUAGAAAGUUAUUGGCGAGGAGAGAUAAGACGACAACGAAAAGGAAGAUAUUAAGUGCAAGAGCACCACAAUAACAACUUUGGUUUACUUCAGUUGCUGUGUCAGUCAGCCAGUCAGUCAGGACAGAGAGAAGAGGAGACGAGACAGUUAGCCAGCUAUUGAGUGUGCAGUAAAGCAGAAACAAAGCAAGAUAAAAAGGGGAAAAAUAAAAUAAAAUACCAAUACAACAAUGGCAGUAAACGUGUACUCCACAAAUGUGACUACCGAAAAUUUAUCCAGACAUGAUAUGCUUGCUUGGGUAAAUGAUUGUCUGCAAGCACAAUUUGGUAAAAUUGAAGAACUGUGCACUGGCGCUGCUUAUUGUCAGUUCAUGGAUAUGCUGUUUCCCGGUUCGGUGCCAAUGAAAAGAGUCAAGUUCCGCACAAAUCUGGAACAUGAAUAUAUUCAAAAUUUUAAAGUCUUGCAAGCAUCUUUUAAAAAGAUGGCGGUUGACAAGAUAAUACCAGUCGAUAAGUUGAUAAAGGGGCGUUUCCAAGAUAAUUUCGAAUUUUUGCAAUGGUUCAAAAAAUUCUUCGAUGCUAAUUAUGAUGGGCGCGAGUAUGAGCCGUUAAUAGCACGUAGCGGUAUUAAACUGGGCAAUGGCAUUGGUGGUGGUGGCAGUAGUGGCCGUGGCAGUAGCAACGAUUUACUCGAAAAGCGACACAUACAGAUGCCAAAUCGAACACACACUCUACCGGCUGUAACGCAACGUACUACCGGCAGGCCGGACCGAGGUGGAGUUUCUAAAGUACCACCACGCGCCGCAGCACCAGUUGUAAGUAAGCCAGCCGUGAAUAAUACAACCGGGGCAAUCAAGAAGUCCGGGGAUCCAUCUAAUGCGGUGUCGAACCAACAAAUCGAGGAAUUGUCCAAUCAGGUCAUGGAUAUGCGUUUGAACUUGGAAGGAUUAGAGAAGGAACGAGAUUUCUAUUUUACGAAACUGCGCGAUAUAGAAAUUCUCUGCCAAGAAGCGGCAGAAGGCGACCCGCAUCCCUUAAUACAGAAGAUUUUGGAUAUUAUGUAUGCGACCGAGGUAAAGCGCAACACUUCUGAUGGUUUUGCGCCUCCGGAUGAAAUUCCGCCCGAGGAUGAGGAGUAUUAAAAGCAACAACUACCAAGGAUUGAUUGUAGAACUGCAAAUUAAACCGAAACAGAUACUGAAACGAAUGAUUAUAAUACAAAACAAGAUUAAAUAUAAUAAUACAAGAAUUUAAGCAUAAUAAACUAUGUUAAACAUGA